AUGAAGAGGGUGACGGAGGCGCUGAAGAAGGCCUCCGAGAGCGACGUCCCACGUUUUACCUCUGGGUCAUUUAUCAUAGGAACGUCACCAGCCGAAGCGGAACCAGGGUCACAAGCCGCAGCGGAACCAGAGUCACCAAACGCAGCGGAACCGGAGUCACCAGCUGCAGCGGAACCAGAUUCACCAGCCGAAGCGGAACCGAAAUCACCAGCCGCAGCGGAACUGGAAUCACCAACCACAGUGGAACCGGAAUCACCAGCCGUAGCGAAACAGCAGUCCAGCCAAAAUCAAAUCACGAGGAGCGUUAAAAUACCCAAAAAAUUUCACGGCACAUUCAUUGGUCACAAGGGCGCCCAUAUUAAACAAAUAGGCCAAAAAUACGGAGUGUUGCUGAAACUCAACACCUAUAAAAAUAAUAUCAGUAUCACCACCACAGCGGAACCGGAGUCACCAGCCGCAGCGGAACCUGGGUCACCAGCCACAGCGGAACGGGAAUCACCAGCCGUCGCGAAACAGCAGUCCAGCCAAAAUCAAAUCACGAAGAGCGUUAAAAUACCCAAAAAAUUUCACGGAGCAUUCAUAGGUCACAAGGGCGCCCAUAUUAAACAUAUAGGCCAAAAAUACGGAGUGUUGCUGGGACUCAACACCAAUAAAAACCAUCCCAAACCAGGUUUAUGCGACCACGUGCCUCUUUUGGGCGACAUUUUACUUGCUAGAAAAAUCAAAAUUGAGAUGAAGAGGGUGACGGAGGCGCUGAAGAAGGCCUCCGAGAGCGACGUCCCACGUUUUACCUCUGGGUCAUUUAUCAUAGGAACGUCACCAGCCGAAGCGGAGCCGGAAUCACCAGUCACAGCGGAAACGGAGUCACCAGCCGCGGCCCAGAACCACAGAGUCACCAGCCAGCAGAACCAGAGUCACCAAAUCGAUGCAGAACCAGAAUCACCAACCGAUGCAGAACCGGAGUCACCAGCCGAAGCGGAGCCGCAGUCACCAGCCGUAGCGGAACUGGAGUCACCAGCCGAAGCGGAACCAGGGUCACAAGCCGCAGCGGAACCAGAGUCACCAAACGCAGCGGAACCGGAGUCACCAGCUACAGCGGAACCAGAUUCACCAGCCGAAGCAGAACCGAAAUCACCAGCCGCAGCGGAACUGGAAUCACCAACCACAGUGGAACCGGAAUCACCAGCCGUAGCGAAACAGCAGUCCAGCCAAAAUCAAAUCACGAGGAGCGUUAAAAUACCCAAAAAAUUUCACGGCACAUUCAUUGGUCACAAGGGCGCCCAUAUUAAACAAAUAGGCCAAAAAUACGGAGUGUUGCUGAAACUCAACACCUAUAAAAAUAAUAUCAGUAUCACCAGUACAGAUAUAUAG